AUGCAUUUCAUCGUCAGCGGUUUUCUUCUCAUCGCCGCUAUUUUUGUGGCGAAUGUGACAUGCUACAAUAUUCUUGUAUAUUCGCCAAUUUUCGGCGCGAGUCACACGAAUUUCAUGGCGCGUCUCGCCGAUGUUCUCACCGAAACCGGCCAUCAUGUGACGUUUUUGGCGCCCGUCAUCGACGACAAUCGAAAACAUCAGAUGAGCGUGAAGUUGACGAGUGAUGUGAUUCUUGUUGAGCACGAUGCGAUUAUGAAACAAAAUCGAAUUGAUCUCGAUGAGGAGCUCAGGGACACAUGGACCGAUGAUAUAAAUCCGGAAAUGUGCACAAAGAAUUUUGAGUUCUUCGCUCCAUUGUUCAUCAGAGGCUGCGAGAAUUUUCUCCGAAAUCGGACAGUCAUAAUGGAGCUCAAAAAUCGACAUUUUGAUGUGGCGAUUGCGGAGCCAUUGGCAGUUUGUGGGCUCGGAUUUAUAAAGUAUAUUGGGAUUGAGAAGACGAUUCUCGCGUCAUCGACAGUUCUUUACGACUCUGUGAUAUCGCAUAGCGGCGAGCCGUUUGAUCCGAGCUAUGUGCCUUCUUGUUUGGCACCGCAUUCCGAUGAUAUGGAUAUUGUGCAGAGAUAUAAUAAUGCGCGGUUCAACGAGGUUAAAAAUCUUUUUUUUGAGAAUUUAUUCGAUUCCGAGCAAGAUGUUUAUAGGAAAUAUUUGGGACAACAUUUGCCGGAGUGGAAGGAGCUCAUCCCAUCAGCAUCGAUAAUGUUCACCAAUUCGAAUCCGCUCAUUGAUUUUCCGAGACCCAUUCUUCAGAAAACGGUGCCGAUUGGCGGAAUUUCCGUACAAAUCGGCAGCCCACUUUCAUCGGAAUGGAUUGAGAUGCUUGAGAAGCGCCCGAAAUCAAUGCUCAUCUCGUUCGGCACAAUGGCGUUCUCGUCGAAAAUGCCUAUCGAAUGGAGACAAAAUCUAUUGAAUGUGUUCGCGUCGUUCGCAAAAGUGACGUUCAUUUGGAAAUAUGAGACCGAUGAUUUGGAAUGGGCCAACGGGGUCGAUAAUAUUCAUUUCUCGAAAUGGGUCCCGCAGCCGGCUCUUCUAGCCGAUCAUCGAUUGUCCGCAUUUUUGACGCACGGCGGUCUUGGGAGCACCAACGAGCUGGCUCACUUCGGCAAGCCGGCGAUCACGGUGCCCCUAUUUGGCGAUCAAGUCAGAAAUGCUCAAAUGCUCAGCCGGCACAAUGGAUCAAUAUUGCUCGACAAAUUCGACCUAGGAAAUGAGGAGAUUCUGAGGGACGCGAUUCGAACGAUCCUCUAUGAUGAAUCGUUUUUGAAGAAUGCUCAACAUCUCGCCGAGCAGCUUGACAAUCAGCCAUUCAAGCCCAAGGAGUUGCUUGUGAAGUACACGGAAUUCGUCGCCAAAUACGGACCAUUGACGAAAUUGGACCCAAAAUCGAGGAAGUUGAACUUCUUCCAGAGGCACAUGUUCGAUGUAUACGCCACUAUUGGAUUUGCCUAUUUUUCCGUGGCUUUAAUCCUCUACUAUAGUAUACGAUACGCGUUGAAGCAUAUGCAAAUUGAAAUUAAGAAGAAAGUCUAA